AAGAAGAAGAAGAAGAAGAAGAAGGAAGUGUCUUCACGGGUCGACGCUGGGUUAGCGUCGCUGGUGUUGUCUGCAGUCGCGCCACGGACCUUUUCAUAUUCAGGCUGAGUAUUCUGCCAGCAGUCAGUAACCAGCACUGUGUCGUCGGAUGACUCUGUUCCAGUAGUUUAUUGUGCAUUUAUUUUUCAAACAGGACGGUGAGGAAUCACAGGAUAUCCCCCGGACAGCUUCCUUGUGGCCCCACUGUCAAAUCACAAUGAUCACCAGAAGAAGAGGACUUGCUCUGAACAACACAGAGGCACAGUCUCUUGAGGUUGAAAUGAAAACUGUGGAAGAUCUCCCAAUUCCAUCUGAGGGGUUCCCAGCUUACGAUAUCGACACCGCUGGAAUAGAGCUAGACGACCUAUUUGAAAUUGAAGAUUUAAAGUGGACACUUGAAAGAGACACUGGCUCCCCACUCUUCGAUAUUGAGUUGGCUGAUUUCGGUGUGCACAGUGCCAAAGAACAAGAUUCCGAGGUUGAAGCUUCAGUGGCCUCUUCUCCAGAGAGAACAUCAUCUGACUUGAAGAUUAAGGACAGGCAAAACCAGUCAAGCCGCUUGAUCAACAAAAAUGCCAUCGCUGCCAGGUUGAAUCGUCUCAAGAAGAAAGAAUACGUCAACAGCUUGGAGAGGAAAGUUGGCGUCCUGUCAACAGAAAAUGACGGGCUCAGACAGGAAAAUUCUCAGCUGAUCAAGAGAGUGGAGGAAUUGGAAGAUGAGACCAGGUACUUGAGGGCUGUGCUGGCCAAUGAGAGCAUGUUAGCCCAGCUCUUGUCCAGGCUGAGCGGUGUGAAUGGGAUGAAAUUAUCUUCCUCGCUUUUCCAGGGGCCCGACCCAAAUGACCACGACUAUGCCUUACCCAGGAAGCGUGUGAAAGUGGAGGAGAAAGAGACAUCUGGUGGCGUGUGUCUGCACGUGGACAAGAACCAUGUCUCAGUGGAGUUCUGCACUAAGUGUGCAGAGAGUGCAAGCACAUCACUCAAAAUUUUCUUCUAGGUUAUGGUUGAUCCACCAUCCGGGAUGAGUGGCUUUCUGAACACCUUUACCUGCUUGACUCCAUGUGGAUUCUGCUGGUGGAAGGUGAAGAGGCUGGACAAGCUGCUGCCAACGUGGCCUGGUAUUUUUUUAAAGGUAGUAUCGGUAACCAACGGUAUACGUUGUUAUAUUUUACCAAUACUUCACACCUGUCGCUCUUGUCACCGUAGCUCAUGCAGCAGUUUUGGGGGGCUUGACUACAGCUGCUCCAUUACCCGGAGCGACGCUAUCAGAGGCUUAACAGUCUCAUAAUUAUGUCUUGUAUUUAAUGACAUAAUGGAAUGUAUUGAUUACUAAAUACACCCAGACUUAUCUGAUUUAAGUGAUGAAGUUGCCAUUAUGUUUAACUAUAUGUAAAUGUGUAUAUAAGUUUGAAUACAUAAUGUUUGGGGCAAAUGACCUUGAUGUUGGACAAAUAAAUCAUAUUUUCAUUAUGUUUGAGUUACAGAUAUCUACUCUGUGUCUUGUUCUGUACUGUUGAUAUUAAUGCAUCUCUUUUUCUCUUUCUGAACAGCAAGCUCUCUGCCGAUAAUGGUCUUACUUUCCCUGAACAUUUGGGUCAAGUCUGGUAAAGGUUGUCUAAACAAAUGAACAAGACCUCAUUUGAUGGAAAUCAGAGCGUGCAGCAUGAGGGGGCUCACAGGGAUCAAUCAUCCUGCCCUCUGUUUUAGCUCAUUCACUUCAAACUCUAGAUGCUUACAGUCCUUUUUCAAAGCUUAGGUUUUCAUUUUAUGAUUACAGUUAUUAUCAGGUGGGAGUCCAUAGUAGGAUAGGCCUGCAUUUUUUGAAAUAGGCUUAUGUGCUUUAUUGCUUAUCGUUGGGUUUAAUCAACACGACUCUCGUCUCUGUGUGUUAAAUGUGAAGCUACAGCUGGUCAGUAGGGGUGGGAAUCACCAGAGGCUCCACAAUACGAUACCAAGAUACUAAUGUCACAAUACAAUAUUAUCGCGAUUUCAAAUGUUUUGCAAUAUGCUGAGUAUUGCAAUAACAUAUUGUGAUUUAUUACUUUUUUAUUACUUUACUGUAAAUAUCUCCUAAAGGAAACUUUUUCAACAUCUGUUUUAUCUAAUAAGCUAAAAAAAAAAUUAAGAUAAGUCUCUCACUUCAUUCUUUUCAGUGCAACAAAUUGUAUCUGCAGCAUUAUUUAUGUAACAAAAUAAAGAUUUUUAGCUCUUGUGUAUGGAUACAA